CCCUCGCUCACAAACAGACUGACCCCCGCCGAGCGAAAGGCCUUCGCUAAUUCAGAUCACAAGGCUGCGAAGAUCCUCGGUAUUGCAGUCACACGCAAUCACAUGGACCAGGAUGGGAGCCUUGCUAGAGUUUUGGCAGACCAAGAGGAUCCUCGAGUUGGCGAUAGCCUGGGAGAGAUGAUGGCUCAUUUAGAUGCAAAGCGUGCACGUAGCCGCAAUCCAAGCGCUGUGACCGUUUUUAGGCCACGUAGGGGCCUGCCGACGGACUUGGUAAAGAAGAACAAUAAGCGCAGAGUGGCUGGGGAGUAUACGCAACGCGUGGUCUUGAAACCCUUGCGCUCCAACGGGACACCCGUCGAGAAAGGCGAAAAAUUGCCGACUAUCGUCAGCGACGACGGUGCAUGUUCGUUCUUGGAGCCCGGUGAGAUUGAAGAGACCGCGACAUCUCUUGCGUGCUUGUCCUUGGAGCCUGGUGAGAUUGAGGAGGCCGAAACAUCUAUUGCAUGCAAAUGUCUAGCGAAAAGUAAUGAAGAAGAGGAAGAUCUAUUUGGCAAUUCAAGAUCUGGCUUUGUUUGGGACGUCGAAAAUCCGUUUGCCACACCUCCCAAUGCCGUACUUCAGCGAUAUUCCGAAAUAAUGCGACUUGGUGAAACAAUUGGACCUUUAGAU